UGCGCUCCCACGCAGAGGAGCGCGAAGUCUCUUUGGUUUGGCUCAGAGUCUCCGUGUCUGGUUGGCAGAGAGAAGGGGUUAGAGGGUUUGCUCGUUUCCAGUCCUGCCCAUUCUCUCUCAAGGAGGAGGAACACGAGCAACCAGUGCUGCGAGAGUUUUGACACCCCCAGUCCUCAGAUCGGAUGCUGACACAUUAACACCAGAGAGAACCUGUUAAAUAUACCCACCAGUGCCCGUCUACGCGCGACAGAGAGAACGGAAGUCAUUUAAGGGAGUGACCCGACCGCGCGCCCGCAGAAGCGCACACAGCCCGUUGCCAACGAGCCGAGGACGCGCUGUCAAGCCUCUCCAGACUUGGAUUAUGAAAUUUUACAGCGCUCACUGACUGUGCAAGAUUCUCCCGCUUUCCAGGGCUGUGAGUUUUUUUUUCCUUCUUUUCUUCUCUUUAUGGAAGAGGAGACAGCGGUUCCCUGAUCUGAGUGGCAGGAUCUCUCUCCAGCUUCUGAACUACCGCGUGGAUUCAAAAAUAACUCAUACACGAAAUCCUGAGGAUAUAAGUGAACAGAUUUCUUUGAGGAUGUACUGGCGUUUGCUCUUCGUGACUCUAACGGGAUUGUCCGUGGCUCGCGCUCUUACGGAAAGUCUCUGCGGUGGGAAAAUCCCAAUCACCAGCGCCGGGUAUGUGACCUCUCCCGGUUACCCGUCUGGAUACCUGGGGAACCAGCAGUGCAGCUGGCUGAUCCAGGCACCUGAUCCACAGCAGAAGAUCCUUAUCAACUUCAAUCCGCAUUUUGAUCUGGAAGGCCGGGAAUGCAAGUAUGAUUUUGUCCAGGUGUUUGAUGGUGUGGAUGAGAACGCUUUCUCUCUCGGGAGGUUCUGCGGCAAAAUCGCCCCAUCUCCGAUUAUCUCUAAUGGAAACUCCUUACUCAUCAAAUUCACCUCCGACUAUGAAAGCACUGGAGCCGGAUUCAGUAUCCGCUAUGAAAUACACCGCACAGGCACUGAAUGUUCCAGAAACUUCACUGAGCCAAAUGGAGUGAUUCAAACCCCUGGUUUCCCUGAUAAGUAUCCUAACAACCUGGAGUGCACCUUCAUCAUCUUUGCACCCAAGAUGGCAGAGAUCAUUUUGGACUUCCAGAGCUUCGAUAUGGAACCGGACACAACCGCACCUGCGGGGGCCAUCUGCAGAUUUGACUAUCUGGAGAUAUGGGAUGGAUAUCCUACAGUGGGGCCUCAUAUCGGUCGAUACUGUGGUUCCAGACAACCAGGUCGUGUGAUCUCAUACACCGGCAUUCUCUCUCUCAGCAUCCACACAGACAACGCUAUCACCAAGGAAGGCUUUUCAGCCAAUUACAGCAUCCAAACCAGCUCAGAACCGCACCAAGGUGAGUGUAUGUCUCCUUUAGGGAUGGAAAGUGGUGAGAUCACAGAAGACAGGAUAACUGCAUCAUCACAGUAUAAUCCCAGCUGGUCUCCUCUGCGCUCCAGGCUGAACUUCCCUGAAAAUGGCUGGACGCCAUCAGAUGAUUCUGUUCGGGAGUGGAUACAGGUGGACUUGGGUUUCCUGCGGUAUGUGACGGCCAUAGGAACACAGGGUGCCAUCUCAAAGGAAACGCAGAAAGCGUACUACGUCAAAACAUACAAGAUCAGUGUGAGCUCGAACGGAGAGGACUGGAUUUUCCUGAAAGACAAAACCAAACAUAUGGUGUUCAAUGGAAAUCAAAAUCCCACAGAUGAGGUGCUUGCCAGGCUGCCCAAACCCACCCUGACCCGUUACCUACGUAUUCGACCUCUGUCCUGGCUACAAGGCAUCUGCAUGCGUUUCGAGGUGUACGGAUGUAAAAUAUCAGACGCCCCAUGCUCCAGUAUGCUAGGGAUGGUUUCGGGUCAGAUUUCGGACUCUCAGAUCACAGUGUGGCCGUCGGCAGAGAGGGGCUGGCUCCCAGAGCAGGCCCGGCUCCUAACCGGCCGAACAGGCUGGGUGGUUGCUCACCAGCAGCAGAUUGUUGGAAAGAACCAGUCACUGGAGCUGGAUCUGGGGGCCCAGCGGAUCGUAUCGGGUCUCAUCCUUCAAGGAGGGAAAUACAGAGACGUGAAUAUUUUCAUCAAACGCUUCAGAGUUACAUACAGCACAAAUGGAACAGACUGGAGCCACAUACUAGAGGAAAACAGCAACAAAGUGAAGGUGUUUAUGGGUAAUCAGAACCACGACACACCGGAAGUACGUACUUUUGAUCCAGUGCUGAUGCGUUUCCUGCGUAUCUACCCUGAGCGUGGCUCUGCUGAAGGCAUGGGGUUAAGGCUGGAGGUUUUAGGAUGUGACCUGCAAGAGCCCACAACGCCUCUUCCCCUCACCACCACCAUGGAAACUACAGUAGCUACCGUCACCAGCGCUCCAGGGAAUAUUCCAACAACCACCAUUAUUCCAACAACAGUGGAGAAUUGCGAUGAUGAUGGCAGCUGCCACAGCGAAGCAGUUACAGACUAUGACACAACAGAAACUGCAGUGGCAGAGCCAUUUAUGGAGAUGGAAGCAGUACCUGCAUAUAUUUGGUUUGCCUGUGACUUUGGCUGGACUGAUAUCCCCUCCUUCUGUGGAUGGAGUCAAGAUGGAGGUGAAGGAGCUGAAUGGUAUAUCAAUAACAAGGGCAAACAAACUGAUCACAAACUGCCUCAUCUGGACCACAAAGGGAAGCUUCACAACUACAUUUACGCAGCUUCUAACACAAACACGCAGAUAGAGAUUGAGAGAGAGACGGAUACGGAGACAGAUGAAGAGCUGGAGAGAAAAGGAAGGGUGGCAAGGCUGGUCAGUUUGCCGGUCACAGCCCCGGACUCGGACCUGUGCAUGUCUUUCUGGUACCACUUCAGUGAGAAACACACGGGAACGCUGAACAUCAAGCAGAAGAUGGAGCGAUUAGAAGUGGCGGAGGAUAAGAGAGAGGACAAUGAGCUUCUGAUCCGCUCUGUGAACGGCCAGAUGAAAAGCAGAUGGAGGGAAGGAAGAGUUCUGAUUCCCAGUGCGGACACUCCUUUUCAGGUGAUCCUCGAGGCUCACGUGGAUCCUACAGAGUCUGGUUACAUCUCACUGGAUGAUAUAAAGAUUCUGGAUGAAGUGAAUCCUGAAGAAUGCAAGGACCCAGAUAAUACACCAGGUGAUGAAGAUGAAGUUGAUGAGAUUGUAGAGAACUGUGAGGGGACUGACAACACCCUGUGGAGUUUUGGACGCGGCUCCAUGCUGAAGAGUUUAGACCCCAUCCUGAUCACCAUCAUCGUGAUGAGUGCCGUGGGAGUCCUGCUGGGUGCCGUGUGCGGCGUGCUGUUCUACUGCGCGUGCGCUCACACUACAAACAGAAACCUCUCCGCUCUGGAGAACUACAACUUUGAGCUGGUGGAUGGAGUCAAACUAAAGAAAGAAAAACUCAGCGCACAGAAAUCUUACUCAGAGGCAUGAGGAAUGCUGGACAAAGCCAGGAAACAUUUGUUGGACAAUGCUGGAGGAACGUUCGUAGAAGACUGAGCGUUAUUCUCAGGACAUGCAGGAAGAGAAACUGGCCUCUAGAGGGCGCCAUGUAAAGUUUGUACAGCCAGACGAUGAUUGUCUACUGUUUGUUCGUUCGUUUGUAUAUUUGUUGCUGGUGAUGAGACCAAGACAAAACGAUGUGAAUCCUCUCACACAGCUGGAUAUUUUUUUCGACAAGCCCAUUUUUCAAAGCUCUACACAACUGGGUUUUCAGUGUUACUGUGCUUGUUUAUGCUUGGAGAUGUGUUUGUUCAGUUGGUAACUCGCUCUUCAUUCCAAUGGUGCCUUUAAAUGUGUUUUUGUUGACUUUUUACACAUGGGUUCCUUCUUAGAAAAUCACUUGCUUUUGAGGACAAACUUCACAGAUACAGGCCAUUACAGGUCAGAGGUCAAUACAUAAUAAUACAUCUAAUAUAUCUCAAUAAGACAUGAGCAUGAAGUCUAUCUCAGUGUUGAGUAGCUAGAUUAUUCCAUCUUCACUCAAUAUUAUAAAACAACAGGUCAGAAGACAUUUGUUAGGGAAGCAUUAUAAUAUGACCAAAUUUCAUGAUUUAUUGAUUUAUUACACAGUUCUCAGUAUUUUUGUCUUAUUUUCAAGUAAAAAUGUUAAGAUUCUUGACAAGCAAAACUGUGUAAGAUAUUAAGGCCAUUGGCGAACAGUUUUUCUUGUUUUUAACUUAAACAUCGCUAAAAUUUGUUUUACUCAUAUAUUUAAAACAAGAGAAAAAAAUGCUUUAAUGGCAUUAGAAGAGUAUUUCAUUUAAUACUUAAAACAAGUUUCAAUAAUUUUAUAUUUUGCUUCUCGGUUAAAUGUAUCUAGUUUAUUAAAGAAUGUUCAGAUAUUUUGCUGGUAACAAGACAAAAAUUCUCAUGAAUCAGGAUUUGAUUUUAUUUGAAAUGCACUUGGAAUUCUGCAAUCAAAUAUUUUAGUAUAAUUACAUCUAAAAAAUGACAGUCCUUCAGGGUCAUGAUACAGUUCAAUACAGGUCAAAGGGACAAUGUUUAAAUACAUAUUUCAUCUAAUAUAUAUCAAUAGGACGUACGCAUGACAUCUUUCUCAAUGUUAAGUAGCUAAAAAGAGAUUCUACCACUUUAUUUGGUCCAUCCUGACUCUAUGUAUUGUAAAACAACAGCUCAGAGGACAUUCUUUGAGACAGUGUUUUUUUAAAAGAUGGAAUAGUAAUGCAGAAUUUUUUUCAGCUGCCCAUGUGGCGUGUGAGUAAACGUGUGUUGCCAUGGUAUCGAGUGACAUCAUAUUUCAGAAUGACAUCAUAAUCUCUGCAGACCAUCUGUGUAAACAGUGUUUCUAGGCUGGACCCCUCCUGAUCAGGAGACACUCACUCUGGGAACGUCUGGGAAUCGAAGCGGAGACAAAGCAAAUGAAGCAUCUAAGAGCGCUAAUGUGGAAGUAUCUCCCCAAGGAAAUUAACUGUAUUUGAAGGAUGUGAAAAGCACAAACUGAUCCGUGCUCUUAAGCAAUGAGAGGACAACUUAAGAGAGACAAGACGAAAAGUGCUGACAAAGGCAUAUGGGUCUAUUUUUUUUUCAGCAGCUUGAAGGAGAUGCCAGAACAUUUUCUCCCACGCAAAUGAACCAACUUAUGUCAUUUUGCACUGACAAUUAUAUUUAAUGAAAGAUUUAGAUAGUAAUAAAAGUGUUAACUACUUUAAACUGUAAGAGAAAUGCGACUGUCAGUGUAACGGCUCACUUUUUUUUAAUGCUAUUUAAAAUGAAAUGGUAUUUUUCUUAAUUGUAAUAGUUGUUUUUGUGUCCAGGGGAACUGAAAUAACAUUUGACUGGAUUUUCAUGACAGACUCUAACAAAAAAAAAAAAGAAAAAAGAAAAAAAAAUCAGUUUCACUUGAUGUUAUGAAGUCCAAUCUGUCUGGUGGCUGUUUUGUAUUCACAGUUCUGUGAUGAACAGAAAAAAAAGACUGAAGACUUAUGUCUCAUCUGCAUCUACUAAUUCAACCAAUCACCUGUUUGCAACAGCAAAUCUGACCAAUCGGAUUUAUUAAUUUCUCAACAACAACAUUCCAAAGAGCAAAGUUAAUAAAGUUUUUAUAAA